UCUUCGUUGGGCUGCUUGCUUGCUGCCCUUUCUGCGACUUGUCAUGGCGGAGAGAGUGGGUAUCGCAUUGGGCGGUGGCGCGGCCGCUUCAAAACCAGCAGGGUCGCGAGGUGCUCGGGGACACAGACUGAUGGUGCCUCCACCUGGGUACAAGUUCAUCCCUCGGACCGAGCAAGUUUGCCAAGAAAUGGGGUGCUUUGAAUGCUACGACAUUUAUUGUGAGCGGUGUGAAUCAAAGGACCGUCGCAUCAUUGAACUCGAAAUGCGGAACACCGAGCUGGUGAAACACAUCACCUUGCUUCAGGCACGCCUCUUCCCCCGCGAUGGUCAAGCUCCUGUCGCCGGCCGUCCUGCAGGUGGUGGAAGUGGUGCAGGCGGGGAGUCCUUUGCAUACGUGCAGAGUCCAGUCAUGUACGAUCCGGGCAUGGGCAUCCAGUACCAAGCCACAACUACAUUUAGUGCUGCUGGUGCUGCGUCAGGAAAACCAUAGGCCAUAGCUUGUGAGUGCAAGGAGGUCAGCUCAUUGGCCUGUUGGUGC